AUGGAUACCCCCAGGGUCCUGCUCUCGGCCGUCUUCCUCAUCACUUUCCUCUGGGAUUUGCCGGGUUUCCAGCAGGCUUCUAUCGCCUCCACGUCGUCGUCCGCCGAGCUCGGCUCCACCAAGGGCGUCCGGGGCCGCAAGGAAGGGAAGAUGCCUCGGGCGCCGCGAGAGAAUUCCACGGCCCGGACGCGCCCGGAGCGCGAGGAGCCGCGGCCCGAAGACGAGCCCCAGCGGCGGCGAGAGCAAGAGCCGUCCGGCAGGGGUCCGCGCGUGGUGCCCCACGAGUACAUGCUGUCAAUCUACAGGACUUACUCCAUCGCCGAGAAGCUGGGCAUCAACGCUAGCUUUUUCCAGUCUUCCAAGUCGGCCAACACCAUCACCAGCUUUGUAGACAGGGGACACGACGAUCUCUCGCACACUCCCCUCCGGAGACAGAAGUAUUUGUUUGAUGUGUCCACGCUCUCAGACAAAGAGGAGCUGGUGGGCGCGGAGCUGCGGCUCUUUCGCCAGGCGCCUGCAGCGCCCUGGGGGCCUCCGUCCGGGCCCCUCCAAGUGCAGCUCUUCCCCUGCCUUUCGCCCCUGCUGCUGGACGCGAGGACCCUGGACCCGCAGGGGGCGCCCCCGGCUGGCUGGGAAGUCUUCGACGUGUGGCAGGGUCUGCGCCACCGGCCCUGGAAGCAGUUGUGCUUGGAGCUGCGGGUCGCGUGGGGCGAGGCAGAAGCCUCGGAGGUCGAGGCGCGCGAGCCGGAGUCCCAGCAGCUGCAUCAGCCACCGCCGCCGCCCCCGGACCUGCGGAGUCUGGGCUUCGGCCGAAGGGCGCGGUCCCCCCAGGAGCGCGCCCUGCUUGUGGUAUUCACCAGAUCGCAGCGCAAGAACCUGUUCGCCGAGAUGCGCGAGCAGCUGGGCUCCGCGGAGGCCGCGGGACCCGGCGCCGGCGCAGAGGAGGGCUCCAGGACGCCGACGCCGGGCGCCCCGGACGCCGGACCUUGGCUGCCCUCGCCCGGCCGGCGGCGGCGGCGCACGGCCUUCGCCAGCCGCCACGGCAAGCGGCACGGUAAGAAGUCGAGGCUGCGCUGCAGCAAGAAGCCUUUGCACGUGAACUUCAAGGAGCUGGGCUGGGACGACUGGAUUAUCGCGCCCUUGGAGUACGAAGCCUAUCACUGCGAGGGCGUGUGCGACUUCCCGCUGCGCUCGCACCUGGAGCCCACCAACCACGCCAUCAUCCAGACGCUGAUGAACUCCAUGGACCCCGGCUCCACCCCACCUAGCUGCUGCGUGCCCACCAAAUUGACUCCCAUUAGCAUCCUGUACAUUGACGCGGGCAACAACGUAGUUUACAAGCAGUACGAGGACAUGGUGGUGGAGUCGUGCGGCUGCAGGUAG